AUGGGAAUGGCCACCGCCGCCCCCUCCACCUCGCGCCUGCUCUAUCACCACCACCACACCACUGCCUCCAGGCGCCAGCAGCAGCAACAGCGACUUAGGUACUCCCCCAAUCCUUCCCCUCUCGCUCUGCGCCGCCGCCGCCUUUCGCCGGCCGGGGCGCUCUUCCCCGACCGCAUCACCCCCUUCUCAUACAACGCGGAUGACGAAUCCGACGACCACCCCCGCGAGGAGUGCGGCCUGGUGGGGGUCGUGGGCGACCCGGACGCGGCCUCGCUCUGCUACCUGGGCCUGCAGAAGCUGCAGCACCGCGGGGAGGAGGGGGCCGGGAUCGUCUCCGUCGGCGCAGACGGCAAGCUCAACUCGGUAACCGGGCUGGGCCUCGUCGCCGACGUCUUCAGCGACCCAUCCAGGCUCGCCUCCCUCGCCGGCCCCGCCGCAAUCGGGCACGUGCGCUACUCCACCGCCGGCGCCGUCGCCUCCCUCCGCAACGUGCAGCCGUUCCUGGCCGGGUACAGGUUCGGGCAGGUGGCCGUGGCGCACAACGGGAACCUCGUCAACUACCAGGCGCUGCGGAGCAAGCUGGAGGCGCGGGGCUCCAUCUUCAACACCACCUCCGACACGGAGGUGGUCCUCCACCUCCUCUCCACCUCGCUCGCGCGCCCGCUGCUCGCGCGCAUCUGCGACGCCUGCGAGCGCCUCGAGGGCGCCUACUCGCUGCUCUUCCUCACCGCCGACAAGAUGUUCGCCGUGCGGGACCCGCACGGCUUCCGCCCGCUGGUCCUCGGCCGCCGCGGCCGCGACGGCGCCGUCGUCUUCGCGUCCGAGACCUGCGCGCUCGACCUCAUCGACGCCGUCUACGAGCGCGAGGUGGAGCCCGGGGAGGUGGUCAUGGUCGACCGCCGCGACAUGUCGGUCUCCUCGGCCUGCCUCGUCGCGCGCGUGCCGCGCCGCGCCUGCGUCUUCGAGCACAUCUACUUCUCCCUCCCCAACUCGGUCGUCUUCUCGCACGACGUCCACGAGCGCCGCACCGCCUUCGGCCGCGCCCUCGCCGAGGAGUCCCCCGCGCUCGGCGCAGACGUGGUCAUCCCGGUGCCCGACUCCGGCUUCUACGCCGCGCUCGGGUUCUCGCGCGAGUCCGGGCUGGAGUUCCAGCAGGGCCUCAUCCGGUGGCACUACAGCGGCCGCAGCUUCAUCCAGCCCACGCAGGCGGUCCGCGACCUGGCCGUCAAGCUCAAGCUGGCCCCUGUGCACGGCGUGAUCCGCGGCAAGAGCGUCGUGGUGGUGGACGACUCCCUGGUGCGCGGCACCACGUCCAGCAAGAUCGUGCGGCUGCUCCGCGACGCUGGCGCGCGCGAGGUGCACAUGCGCAUCGCCAGCCCGCCCGUCGUGGGCUCCUGCCUCUACGGCAUCGACACGCCCAGCGACGGGGAGCUCAUCUCCAACCAGAUGGACCUGGAGGGUGUUCGCCAGUUGAUCGGCAGCGACUCCCUCGCCUUCCUCUCGCUCGAUAAGCUGCACAGCAUCUACGGCGAGGAGGCGGGCGACUACUGCGACGCCUGCUUCUCGCGAAACUACCCUGUGCUGCCGACACUGCCCGAGCCGGCUGUCGAAUUCGACGAGGAAGACUGACUGGUCAGCAGGUGAGCUCUGCUCUACCCAGCUCCUCUGCAUCAGUUGUAAUGUUAUUCUGCUAUACCAGGUUCAGUUUUAGCUGGCUUGCAAAAUAUUUUAGAUCAUCAGGGGUGUGGCUGUUCCUAAGGCUGCAACAUCAUUUGGUCAUGAAUUCUUUCCCUCAGCUAUCGAUGUAAGUUAAGUUGCUGCAAUUGUUGACACCGAUAGAGCUUGCUGAGUGCUACUGACAAAAACCUGGGAAAGCUUGAACUCUGUCUGUAGGACUGGCCAAGUUUGCCAUCAUUGAAACAGACUGUUAGUU